AUGGGUCCAGUCAUGCCUCCCAGUAAGAAGCCAGAGGGCUCAGGAAUUAGCGUUCCCAGCGGGUUGAGCCAACGUUACCAAGAUAGUGAUUUAUCAAAGGCACUUCACGAUGAUGAGGACCUAGACUUCUCUUUGCCUGCCAUCAGAUUAGAUAAAGGGGCCAUGGAAGAUGAAGAAUUAACGAAUUUGAACUGGUUACACGAGAGCAAGAACUUGCUGAAAAGCUUUGGGGACUCGGUGUUAAGGAGCGUUAGCCCCGUUCAGGACAUCGGUGAUGACACGCCGCCGUCUCCUGCCCACUCUGACAUGCCCUACGAUGCCAAGCAGAACCCCAACUGCAAACCUCCUUAUUCCUUUAGCUGCCUCAUAUUUAUGGCCAUUGAGGACUCGCCAACCAAAAGACUGCCCGUAAAGGAUAUAUACAACUGGAUCUUGGAACACUUUCCGUAUUUUGCAAACGCACCCACUGGAUGGAAAAAUUCUGUGAGACAUAAUCUAUCCUUGAAUAAGUGUUUUAAGAAAGUGGACAAAGACAGAAGUCAG